GGCGGGAGGGAGGGAGUGGAGGAGCCGGGGAGGGGCUCCUUAAAGAAACGCUGCUGUCGCUCGCCUGCUCGCUUCUUGCUCGGCAUUGUGGCCAGCCAGCCGGGCACUCGGGGGCACGCGCGGCUGCCGCUCGAGCUCUGCCCCCACCCCACCCGCCAGCAGAUCUGGGGUGGGGACCCAGGCGGGGGCUCCUGCAGCCACUGCCCGGCGCGGACUGCACGGAGCAACCCACUCCUCUCCGCGCCGAGAAAGGAGCAACGGAGCCCUCUGCAGCCAACCGGCCUCCCCGCCCCUGACCACUCGCUUCCCGGCUGCCUUUGUGGCUGCAGCUUCUCGCCGCCGAGCCGAGGGCCGGCGGAGGCGCGGCGCGCACGGCGGAGCGAUGCCCAGCUCGCUGUUUGCAGACCUGGAGCGCAACGGCAGCGGCGGCGGAGGGGGAGGCAGCGGCGGGGGAGGCGGCGGCAGCGGCGGCGGCGGCGGGGGAGAGACCCUGGAUGACCAAAGAGCCCUGCAGCUUGCGCUCGACCAGCUCUCCCUUCUGGGGCUAGACAGUGACGAGGGCGCCUCUCUCUACGACAGCGAGCCGCGCAAGAAGAGCGUGAACAUGACCGAGUGCGUGCCGGUGCCCAGUUCCGAGCAUGUCGCCGAGAUCGUGGGGCGGCAAGGUUGUAAAAUCAAAGCGCUGCGGGCGAAGACCAACACUUAUAUCAAGACCCCGGUUCGCGGGGAGGAGCCUGUCUUUGUUGUGACAGGCAGGAAGGAGGAUGUGGCCAUGGCUCGGAGGGAGAUCAUCUCUGCCGCCGAGCACUUCUCCAUGAUCCGCGCCUCGCGGAAUAAGAACACAGCGCUCAACGGCGCAGUGCCCGGGCCGCCCAACCUGCCCGGGCAGACCACUAUCCAGGUGCGGGUGCCCUAUCGCGUGGUAGGGCUCGUGGUGGGGCCCAAGGGCGCCACGAUCAAGCGCAUCCAGCAGCAGACGCACACGUACAUCGUGACGCCCAGCCGCGACAAGGAGCCGGUGUUCGAGGUGACCGGCAUGCCUGAGAACGUGGACCGAGCUCGCGAGGAGAUCGAGGCGCACAUCGCCCUGCGCACUGGCGGCAUCAUUGAGCUCACAGACGAGAACGACUUCCAUGCCAACGGCACCGAUGUGGGCUUUGAUCUGCACCAUGGGUCCGGCGGGUCCGGCCCAGGCAGCCUCUGGAGCAAGCCCACCCCCAGCAUCACGCCCACUCCAGGCCGCAAGCCCUUUUCUAGCUACCGCAACGACAGCUCCAGCUCGCUUGGCAGCGCCUCCACAGACUCUUACUUCGGCGGGGGGACCAGCGGCAGCGCAGCCGCCACCCCGCGCCUGGCGGACUACAGUCCCCCCAGCCCCGCGCUCAGCUUUGCCCACAACGGAAACAACAAUAACAAUGGCAAUGGAUACACCUACACAGCGGGGGAAGCUUCCGUGCCUUCCCCCGACAGUUGUCCUGAGCUACAGCCCACCUUCGACCCGGCUCCUGCCCCGCCGGCUGGGGCGCCACUUCUUUGGGCCCAGUUCGAGCGGUCCCCGGGAGGCGGACCUGCAGCUCCCGUGUCCUCUUCCUGCUCGUCUUCUGCAUCUUCGUCCGCUUCGUCCUCCUCAGUGGUCUUUCCCGGGGGCGGCGCCAGCGCGCCCUCCAACGCCAACCUGGGGCUGCUGGUGCACCGCCGGCUGCACCCGGGCACCAGCUGCCCGCGCUUGUCCCCGCCCUUGCACAUGGCCCCGGGGGCGGGCGAGCACCACCUGGCUCGCCGGGUGCGCAGCGACCCGGGCGGAGGGGGCCUGGCCUACGCUGCCUUUGCCAACGGGCUGGGGUCGCAGCUGCCCGGCCUGCAGCCUUCGGACACAUCCGGCUCCUCGUCGUCGUCCAGCUCCUCCUCCAGCUCUUCAUCGUCCUCCUCCGGGUUGCGCCGUAAGGGCAGCCGCGACUGCUCCGUGUGCUUUGAGAGCGAAGUGAUCGCCGCGCUGGUGCCCUGCGGCCACAACCUCUUCUGCAUGGAGUGCGCAAACCGCAUCUGCGAGAAGAGCGAGCCGGAGUGCCCGGUCUGCCACACCGCGGUCACUCAGGCCAUCCGCAUCUUUUCUUGAAGGCAGCGCGCGCCUGCGCGCACCACGCCGGGGAGGGGAGACCCUCCUCCCCUCCAUCCUCACACCCCAGCGCCCGCCCGCCUCGCCUCCUUGGUGCCCCACGUUCUCCUUCGCCCUUGCUCACACUCUGAGAUCCGAGAGGAGCUUGGAAAGCUGUAGUAUCCGCUAAUUUUUAAAAUUUAAUUUUUAAACAAAGGAACUUGCCAGGAUAUCUGCGUCAAGAGUACUGUGGCCUGGGAAACCUGUGAACCGCCUGAAAUGCAUGCUCUAUAAAUAAUAGGAACGGCGACAUUCUAGUAAUGAUAGUUUUUACACUGUACUUAAUAGGAAGCUUUCAAAAGAAGAAAAACCCACAAGUUUUCCAUUUUCUUAAAGUAGGAAAAAAUGAACAAUAAUUAUUAUGAUGAAGAUGACAAUAAUAGUGCUAUGGGAUGUGUGGACUGUUGUAGUGUGUUCCCCUUUGUGGCUGGGUUCCUACGAUGCUUAUUAUAGAACACAGUGGAUCCUUUCUGAAUGUUCGUGGAAGGGCCAGGAGUUCCUGUGAAACCAGGAUACUGCAGCUUUAUUAAAGUUAAAGAAACUGUAACAUAUCUCUUAUAUAUUAAAAACAUUUAAAAAUUUUAAAGAUAAAU